AUGGCCCCUUAUGGAGGGCCUGCCAUGCGUGGGGGACCCCUUCAAGAAAAAGGAAACAGACGCUCGGUCAAGCCACAAGCCCCGACACCGACCAAGCCCGCCGCUCGAGCCGCCGCCAGGCAGCCCGUCCGGCAUGACAUCAGCAUAUCCGACGUUCCUGGCCUGAGUGACGACCGCAUGUUUGCCCGCCCCGAGAAAAGCUUUGCUCAGCCAGACACGAUGUCCUCCCCUAGUUAUCAUUCUGAGGAAUCCGAAGUUGCGGAAAGGAUCCGCUUGCUAGAGCUUCGACUAGCUGAAUCACAGAGGGGGGGGCAACAACAAAGUGGGUUUGACGCGGGGUAUGGGAGAGGUAGCUUCGGGGGGGGUGCAGAAGUGAGGGCCUCGGGGGAGGGGGAAAAAGGGGCACACAAAUUUAUGUCGGGGCUGGCGACGAUGCACCGAGGGACAGGGGGGGCCAAUGAGCUGCAGGCAGCUUACGAGAAAAAGCUGCAAUACCAGAGGGAACUAGAUGAACAGGUUAGACUGAAACGAGAGAAGCAAGGACUCGAAAAUAGCAACGGCAGAGCACACCAGUCGGUUGCCCUCUCUGGAGCGGGAAGUCCCGGAGCGUGGUCGUCUUUUGGGGGGGGUCCCUCCAACGUCCUUCGUGACAGGGGGGCCCAGAACCAGCUUAGCAGCCCCCCCCCUCAGCGAACCGGCGGGGACUCUGCUCUUAUGAGCCCGGUCCAAUGUCUGUCGCCAAAAAUCAUGGACCCCCCUUCGUGGGCUGCCCCGGCGAUGUCGGGCUCCCAGGGGGGUGCUCGCUCCAGCGAAUCCAGCCCCCUGCGCAAUAGCAUGUUCAUGUCGUCCCUGCGCGAGCUCAAAGCGGGGCCGUCGCCCGAGCAGCUCUCGGCCGCGCAACUGAAGCGGCAACAGCUGAUAGCAGACCUAGAUGAGCAAGUGCGGAUAAAGAAGGCCCAGAAAGAACGCGAGAAGAGAGACCAAGAGGGGAGAGAUGCACGGAGCGCAGCUCGCAUCAGUGGAACGGGCCUCACGUCUUCCUUCAUGCAGCCGACGUCAUCGUACGCGCAGUCCACGUCACCUUACGCACAGACAACGUCAUUAUACGCACAGCCCACUUUGCCCUUCGCUAGUCACGUGUCCGACGCAUACGCGAGCCACGUGUCCGAAACGGACGUCCGUCGUCAGGAGCAGGAGGAGCUCGCGGCGCUAAAGUGCGCGCAGGCGCACGCGCAGGAAGCGCACCUCGCGCAAAUGCUGGAGUCGCUCAGAGCAGAGCAGGCCGCGACGAAAGCGCGCGGGGCGCUGGAAGCGGAGGCGCGCGAGAACGCGCGGGGGGCCAGGGAGAACGCGCGCGCGUUUCAGGAGCGAGGGGUGCAGGAACUAGGGGCGCGAGAAAGUGCGCAGGAGAACGAGAUCCAGGCGGCGCUGCGCGCGCUAAGGGUGGAGCAAGCGGCGAUGAAGGAACGGUUUUCGAGUCAGGAGGACACGAUCGUAAAUCUGCAAAGGGAAGCCGCGGCCGCGGCGCGCGAGCGGGACGAGGCGCGACAGCAACUAGAGCGGGUGCAGCGAGGGCGGAACGCCCGGCCGGACUCCGGAACAAGCGACGGAAGCAGCAGCACAAAAUCGGUGGGCCAGUUCCUUGUUUCCGACUCCCGGCUCAUGCCCCGGUCUGUCAACCACAUCCCCGACGCGGGAAAAGGCGGAUCAGCACCGGCCACACGGGGGAAGCUUCCCUCGGGGCGUACAGCCAGCCCCUCGGUUGUGAGAAAGAAACUGGUGAAGUCACCAGCCAUCAUAGUGACGUCGACGGACCAGAGUCUUCCAGCCAAGUGGGCCAGAAAAGUUCCUGCCGCGCCAGCCCACGAAACGCGCGCGAGCAGUAAAGCCGCAUCGCACGCGGAGAAGCUGGCCAAGCUGCAGCAGAGCAGGGCGGCAGGCAGGCUCUGGACGUAA